AUGGCACCAUUUGCAUAUUCGUCCGGGUUCCCACUGGGACAACACAAUGGAUCCGUCUCUACCAUUCAAGCUCCCCCUAGCCGCCUCCAUGACGUGGAAAUAAUAGAAAUUGAUGAUGAUGAUGAUGACGACGACGAGGAGGAGGAUGAGGAUGAGGAUGACAACCUAGAAGAUGAUUUGGACGAUGAUGAUGAGGACGACGACGACGACGACGACGACGACGAGGAAGAGGAUCAAAAAGAGGAUGACAACGAGGAGGAAGAUGAAGAAAACGAAGAAGAGGAUGAUAUGACUGGAACUGAUUCUAUGGAGGAGAGAAGUUCGGAUUUUGAAGAAACCGAGCAAGGAAAUGCCAUUACAAUAUCCUCUGGCUUGGCUUCCCCAAGCUUAUUGGCGACCUCCAAUAUACAACAAGUUAUAAACCCACUUCGAAAUACAGCGGACCGUGUAGCAAGCCAAAUCGAAGCCUUUGCCCAGAAUUUAAACCAAUUUAAGCAGCAUACUCGUGCACGUCCAGGCGACCCGGAGGCGUUUCGCGAAGCUUGCAAAUUAGUCCAGAAAUAUCAAAAAAUUGCAGAGACAUCUGCGAAAGAACUGUCAACGACCAGUACCUUUCGUAAAGCGAAGCAAUCAGCAAUUAAUCGAGGCUCUGGUGCUAGCCAGGGUUCGAAUGGGAGGCUGGAUGAGCAAAUAAGACGUUGGCAGUUAGAAGCUGAAACUUGGGAGCUACUGCUUCAAAUGCUCUCCAUUGACGAUCCUGAGUCACGCGCUCGGGCACAACGAGCUCAACAAACUGUCUUCCAAUCCCUGCAUCGAUACUCGUCCGACCAGGAGGUCUGGAAUAAAUUUCUCGAGGCGGACCAUUUUGCAUUGGAGAACUUUGUUGUAUUAAAAUGGCUGGAGAAAACCGCGAGGUCAUCGCCCCAAGAUAUCGAUGGUUUGAUUUCGGAGUUAGAAACCCAAGCCGAAAGAGGUCAGGGACUUUGGGCCCAUGGCUGGCUUUACACUAAAGAAGCUAUCAAGGGCGCGAAACGACUACGAUCGUGGCCACAGCCGCUGGAACCUGAGGAUCCAGGACUGACGAUAUCACUGAUGAGUGUAGAGAAACAAGAGCCCCUUGUCACUCAAUUGGACCCAGACGCUGUUACCCGGCAGCGGCAUGGAUUACAGAAACAAGACCAAUUUUAUGAGCAGGCGGCCUGGUUAACAUGUUGGAAAAUGCUGAGGCAGGGUCAAAGCUGGGAAAAAAUUCAAGAGUGGUCUCAUGAACGGCUGGAGAAUUGGAGAGCGAUCAGUGUUUGCGGUACCCCUACCGAUUAUGAGAACAACGCUGCGGAUCCUGGUCUAACUCGACUCAUCAGCUGCCGAUCUCAGGAGUCUUGGAGACGCUCGUGUUUAGCCCUUGCCAACAAUCCUCAAACUAGCAACUUUGAGAAGGCUGUGUACGCGCUUAUUUGUGGUGAAACGGAACCAGCUUACCCCAUUUGCCAAGGCUGGGGUGACUACGUCUAUGUUUUUAUCAACCACUCAAUUCUUGCUCGGUACCGCGAAUUCUGCAAACAAUUUCAUCGAAAGCUUAGCUUUUCCCCCGCAACGGAUAUGGCUUUAUCCGUUGAGCCUCCAGGGUACGACAGCGUCCAUGCCUUUCUGGAUAACGUAAAGCGGAACGAAAAAACUGCAGUUGAGGCCAGGAAUCCGUACCGCACUAUCCAAACGGCUAUCCUCAGUAAAAACUACAAUACAUUCUUUUUUCAUCAAGCGAACGCGGUUUCAAAAGCUGCCAGCCUAUCCAACAAAGCAACUCUUGUUCCGAAAACCGUCAUUGCUAAUGCCGAUGAUGCUUGCCUUAUUGCAGCUCGAGACGAAGAUGCCAUCCGUAUCAUCAGCCACUUGUUUCUCAUUUUACAAUCCCUUGGAUAUGUCCGUUCCGACUCACGUUUUGUUGAGACUGCCUCGGUCAAUGUUAUUGGCUAUAUCAACCUGCUUCGCAAAGCUGGCAAACUUGAGCUUAUCCCGCUCUAUGCAUCGCUGCUUCCAGAGGAUACAGCGCACAUGGUUCUUGGAAAUGUGUUGAUUGAUAUUGUUGAGCCCGAGGACCGGGAGAGGCAGGUGACAAUAAUGAAGAGGCUAAAUAUCAAUCUUUCCGCCAUCGUUGAGUGCCAGUGGCGACUCGUAAUUUCCCAAGCCGAUGCAAAAGAAGAUAAAACCACUACGAUUCGACUGAAGAGGAGUGUUAUUCAUCAACCAAAAGGUCUAAGCAGAAUCGGACCUAUAAAGAAAAAUCUCAUUGGCCGGCGCAUUUCGCAUGAAGACGAGUAUCUGAUCCGCUGUUUGGAAUGGCACCGCUAUGCGGAUGAUCAACUACCAAAUAUUUGCCCGAGAGGUACACAUUUAUACAAACGGUUUAUGGUAAUGCCGCAUGAAAUGAAUAUAGGUGCUGGGCGUCUUGCUGCGGCCCGCGAGCUUUUUAAUCGUGUUCGGGUCAACAUGGUGCCUGCCGACAUUACAGGAUUAGGUCACUCACCAUUUGAAAUAUUGGCAAAUGGCUCCGAAAAUGGAUUCGAUGAACUCCCAAGCCCUGUAAAAGCAAGCCCGACGAAGAGCCCUAGGAAAUCGGGCAUUCAGAGAAGGCGUCCAUUAUCGAGCAAUAUCAGAGCAGAGUUAUACUUGCAAUCGCAUACAAUGCGUGAUUUGGAAUACCUUAUCGCCGCGUUUGACUCCUUGGAGACUUGGGCUGGACAGAUGGAUCAAUAUGAACAUCUCUCUGAUAAGCAACAAGCGAAGGAGUUCCGGAAAACCUUACAGGUAACUAUAGAUACUAUCACAGAACGUAUCGAACCCCUUUGCGGAGAAUGGCUAUCGUACCCAAAAGAUGACGCGGAAGCAACUGAACUCGAAUUCAUAAAAUCAACAUAUCUUCCCGAAGUCAUCCUAGCAUACCACAGCGCGCUCUUCUUCGCCGGUCAUACGAUCGGGCGCGAGGUGCUUACGCAGUGUAUGAUGCUUUCCUCGGUGAUAGCCUCAUCGCCGUCCCUCACGAACAGCUUCAUAGCAUCUGGGCGCAUGUGCGAGUUGGUAGAUGCGCUGGCACUAUCGAGCAUUGCCAUGAUGAGUGCGAAGGACUCGAAAUUGAAGAAGAAGUUGGAGGAUGGGGCUUCGCUUGAUAUCUGGAAAAUCAAACCGCAGCAGGAUGUGGAACUUGUUUAG